CAACUUUUGAAGUUGAAACCAAACACAUCACAUACAAAAUACAAAUAUUACAAAUACUUAAUAAAUUUUAAAGAAUUAAAAAAAAUAAAAUAUUUAAAAUUUUAAUCAAAUAAAUUUCAAAAUUGUUCAAAAAUGUACUCCACAUAUACCACAGCUGAACGUCAUGGUUACAGUGUGCAAUUUUCAACAUUUGAAACAGAUCGACUACUGCUUGCAACAAGCCAACUUUAUGGUUUAGCAGGCGGUGGCUCUCUUUUUCUUUUACAGCAUCUUCCACACAAACAGGGUCUCAGCGAGGUUGCACGUCUCGAAUGGUCCGAUGGUCUUUUCGAUGUAGCCUGGUGUCCGUAUGGCAACAAUAUCGCCUGUACUGCUUCGGGUGAUGGUUCAUUGCAAAUCUGGUCGGGUCUGGACGUACCGUAUGACGCUUCCGAUAGUUCGGAUUGUUUGAAAAUGCCCCAAAAACCAGUAAUGUGUUUGCGUGAACAUAAAAACGAGGUAUACAGUGUGGAUUGGAGUGAAAAAUGGAAUUAUCAUCAGAUACUUUCGGGCAGUUGGGAUGGUGCGAUUAAGUUGUGGGAUUGUAAUCGCCAAAAGUCGGUAGCCACCUAUAUGGGUCACUCCGAUCUGAUAUAUAGUGCAAAAUUUUCACCUUUAGUGGCAAAUAUAUUUGCUAGUGUAGGUACUGAUGGUUUAUUAAACUUAUGGAAUUCUUUUGAUUUUUCAGGUAAACCUUUGAUGUGCAUUAAGGCCGCCCAUGAUGCGGAAAUCUUGUCGUUGGAUUGGAGUCAAUUCGAUCGCAAUGUCUUGGUUACCGGUGGAGCUGAUGGUCUAGUGCGCGGCUGGGAUUUGAGGAAUAUGCGCCAACAUGUGUUUGAAUUGUUUUCGGGAGAAUUUGCUGUCAGACGUUUGGCCUUCUCGCCGCAUAAGGCUUCAGUUUUGGCCUCGGCUAAUUAUGAUUUUACCACUAGAAUUUGGGACUUUGGUGUUUCUUCGGAUGCCAUUGAAAUCCAUGAACAUCAUACAGAAUUCGUUUGUGGUUUAGACUGGAAUGCUGCAACACCACAUCAAUUGGUUGACUGUGGCUGGGAUAGUGUGGUUAAUGUUUUUACACCUAAAUCUUUAAAACUGUGAACGUUAGAGUUGAAACAACCCCAGAGUACCCAAUCAUGAAUUGACAAAUCAAUCAAUAUGGCCUUAAACUGUAAAUAGUAAAGAAGAAGAAAGACGAAACGAACAACACACAAGUGUGAUAAUAACCAAUGUGCCACCAAAGUGCUCCAUCUAGCCGUUUAGUCAGCAUGUAGUAACGUUCGUUACGUUAUACAACAAACGAAAUUUACACCAUUUCCAAAGGGCAUUUAAGGAAGGUUGGAUUAACUUUAACUUAACAGUUAAACAAAUUUUAGGAAAAUUUUCCAAAUUUUCAUUUAAAAAAAGUUUCAAAAACAUGUAUUCUGCAAAUCCGAUUUGUUUUCUGAAGACUAAAUCCAACCAUAAACUCUACUCAAGAUAUUUAUGGCUUCCAAAGCAUUACUGGGUAAUUUACAGUCUGUUUCGGAUAGUUGUAUUGUUGUAUGAUAAGUAAUUACACGUCAAUACAACGAUACAAUACAGAUUGUGAAUUGCCCAAAUGUUUUGAAUAUUUCACCAAAGUGUCCUUACAAAGUCAAUCAUUUCUUAUAAAUUAAGAGAUAUACAAAUUUAUUUCAGUAAGUUUUUUUAAAUUUUUUUUUAAAAAAUAAUGAAAAUUUUUGAAAAAUAAUUCAAUUUAAAAUUUUGGAAAUUAUAUUCUUUUCAAAUGCAAUCUGGAAAUGGUGUAUAAUUGAUCGUUCAUAAUCAACAAGCACGUUUGGAUAAUAUUGAAUAUAUAGCAAAGCUAAAGCUGAACUGUUUUAAAAACGUUAAUAAUGUGAUAAAAAAUAAUAAUAUUCGAAGAAAUAAUCCCAGUUAUUGAUAAAACUAAUAUUAAAAGUCGUAUGUUUAAUAAAAUACAUAGAAUUUUAGGUUAUGUAAAUAUAAUAAUUACUAAUAAUAACA